AUGCCCAUCUCCAACGGCGACGCCAUGACCAACACCGCAGUCGACGCCCUGGACUACUCCAAGGCUGUAGAGGUGCUCAAGAACGAGUACUCUGAGCGCGAUGGAAUCGACGUCAAGACGCUGAUCGACUCCAAGAGGAACGGUGGCUUGACGUACAAUGACUUUCUCGUGCUCCCUGGGUACAUCGGGUUCCCCGCCUCUGAAGUCACCCUCGACACGCCCAUCACGAAGCGCAUCACACUGAAGACACCGUUCGUCUCUUCGCCCAUGGACACAGUCACUGAGCACAACAUGGCUAUCCACCUUGCCUUGCUCGGUGGACUCGGUGUGAUCCACCACAACUGCUCCCAGGACGACCAGGCCGAGAUGGUGCGCAAGGUGAAGCGCUUCGAGAACGGCUUCAUCCUCGACCCUGUCGUUAUCUCCCCCAAGACCACCGUCGCUGAGGCCAAGGCGCUCAAGGACAGGUGGGGUUUUGGCGGUUUCCCAGUCACAGAGGACGGCACUCUUCGAUCCAAACUCGUUGGCAUCAUCACUCCCCGAGACAUCCAGUUCCACGACAACGUGAACGACGCGGUCACCGCGGUCAUGUCCACCGAUCUUAUCACCGCUCGCCACGGCGUCGAACUCAAGGAAGCCAACGACAUUCUCAACAAGUCCAAGAAGGGCAAGCUUCCCAUCGUGGACGAGAACUUCAACCUGAUUGCGCUUCUCUCCCGUUCCGACUUGAUGAAGAACCUGAACUUCCCGCUUGCAUCCAAGCUUCCACACUCCAAGCAGCUUAUCGCAGCUGCUGCCAUCGGUACUCGACCAGAAGACAAGACCCGUCUGCAGAAACUCGUUGAUGCUGGCCUUGACAUCGUCAUCCUUGACAGCAGCCAGGGCAACAGCAUGUACCAGGUCGAGAUGAUCAAGUACAUCAAGGAGAAAUACCCUGAGCUCGAUGUGAUUGGCGGAAACGUCGUCACGCGAGACCAGGCUGCUGCGCUUAUUGCCGCAGGUGUUGACGGUCUCCGAAUUGGCAUGGGAAGCGGAAGCGCUUGCAUUACGCAGGAGGUCAUGGCCGUCGGCAGACCCCAGGCCACCUCAGUCUACAACGUCACCUCGUUCGCCAAGCGCUUUGGUGUGCCUUGCAUCGCGGACGGCGGUAUUCAGAACGUUGGGCACAUUGUCAAGGGUCUUGCUAUGGGCGCCUCGACUGUUAUGAUGGGUGGUCUCCUUGCUGGUACCACCGAGUCUCCUGGCGAGUACUUUGUCAGCCGUGACGGUCAGCUUGUCAAGGCUUACCGUGGUAUGGGCAGUAUCGCUGCCAUGGAGGACAAGAAGGCCGGAGCUGGCAACGCAGACUCAAAAGCAAGCAACGCUGGUACCGCGCGCUACUUUUCCGAGGGCGAUCGCGUUCUCGUCGCACAGGGUGUCUCUGGAUCCGUCCAGGACCGCGGUUCCAUCACCAAGUUCGUACCCUACCUCAUGGCUGGUGUCCAGCACUCGCUCCAGGAUAUUGGCAUCAAGAGCAUCACCGAGCUUCGUGAGGGUGUCACGGACGGCACCGUAAGAUUUGAGCUGCGAACUGCCAGCGCGCAGGCUGAGGGUGGCGUUCACGGUCUGCACAGCUUCGACAAGAAGCUCUACUCAUAG